AUGUCUAAUCUCUUAAAUGCACUCUCUAAACUCAAUAAAUUAUAUGAGCAAAAGAAGAAUGAAAUCAAUUAGGAUCAAAUUAGAAAAACAGAAGAAUAAAUGAAAGGUAAUUGUCUAUUAUCUAUAAUUCUAGUUGAAUAACCAUAAUAGAAACAAACAGAAUAAUAACCAUAAUAAUAAUAACAAUAAUAACAAUAAUAAUAAUAGAAGAGAAAGAGAAGAAUGAUUAUAUUAAGAAAAUGUGCAGGUGAUAUUUGGGAAGAUCCUACUUUAGCUGAUUGGCCUGAAGGAGAUUAUCGAUUGUUCUGUGGAAAUCUAGGAAAUGAAGUUAGUGAUGAAGUAUUGGCUAAUGCAUUCAGAAAAUAUCCAUCUUUUGCAAGAUCACGUGUUAUAAGGGAUAAACGUACUAUGAAAACAAGAGGUUAUGGUUUUGUUUCAUUCUUAAAUGCUAAUGAUUAUUUAAAGGCAUUUAAAGAAAUGAAUGGAAAAUAUGUUGGAAAUCGUCCUGUAAAAUUAAGUAAAAGUUCUUGGUAGCAACGUUCAUUACAUAAAAAGAAAUCUGAUGGAUUGGUUGGUAAAUUUAUUAAACCAAAAAUACGUAAAAUUAAACGUGUAAAUAUUUCAUGA